AUGUUACUUUAUACGCGCUUAGAGAGUUCUGUGGAGAUGGCGACGACCCUUUUUCGAUGCUUUGCAACAACAUGGUCACCAGGCUCCCAUAAGCCCAACUCACCACGGUAUGUCGAUAUGGGAUACCUUAGUACUUCUCCUCUUGAGGACAGCCCAUCUCCUGCCCAACACCCCGUAGUUAGCGUGCGGAUGAUGAGCCUCUUCCCCUCUUGUGCAGCCGCUGGGGGUAAACCCCUGUGCAUGGCAGGUUCUUUUGAAACGACAUUCGAAUUUGGUCCCCUAAGAAAUGUGUCAAAUCUACGGGACGAAGUAAAAUUUCGGGCUCGUAUUGAUGGCAGUAUUCCUUUUAGUGUGUCCCCAGGCAAGGAUCUCCGCGAAGCCAUUAUAUUCGAGGCUAAACGAGCGCCACGUGGCGAGGGUAAAAAUGGGGUCCCCGUUCUUGCUCAACAGUCAAUGGAACAUGCCGCUUACAUUUGGAAUCGGCAUAAAGAGGACACAACGUGGAAGAACUCUGCGCGGACAUACCAUACUUUUAUGAUAGCUCAGGAUCAUCUGACUUUCCACAUUAGCAUUGGGACGUACGAUAAUAAGUAUCUUGAUUACAUCUUUGCAUCAAACAGCCAGAAAGUCAGCCCAGCUCGAGGAAGUAUUCCAUUUCUCCAAAUUCAAGAGUUUGGCCCAUUUAGUUCAACAUAUGAGGAAGAGUUGACCGACUUUAUACGGAUAAUUCUUUCGUUUAUCCUUUCUCAGCUGAAAAAAACGAAAGCGGCUGCUAUCUUUAAAGAUGUCCUUAGUUGA